AUGAAAUGCUUUUUAAUAUGUCUCUGUCUCAUUGUCUUAACUAGCGCGAGCAACAAAUACGCACCCAAAUGCACCACUGAUAGUGAUUGCAAAACAUACACAAGCUGCGAGGACAAGCAUUGCAUACAUAAAAGUCUUAUUCCUCUAGAUGGUCAAGAAGUGGGUGGAACUCUCUGCAUCUUUGUCUUAGCUCUGCUAUCUAACGCUGCAGGGAUUGGAGGCAGCACAAUUAUGAUUGCCCUCCUCCUGCUUGUCUACCAUUUUGAGACCCACUCAGCGAUUCCAUUAGCACAAGCGAUAAUUUGGGCAGGUGCAUUAAUUUCAGUUGCUUUAAGGAUUCCAAAUCGGCAUCCUACAAGAGAUCGACCACUGAUUUCUUGGGAUCUCGUCAUGCACCUUUCAAGUCUGCUCUUAUUAGGAACGUCUAUCGGGGUAAUGCUGAACGUCAUGUUUCCUGAAUGGCUAAUUUUGGCUUUACUGACUUUGCUAGUAAUCUAUCUGUCUUAUAAAAUAUUGAAGCGAGGUGUUGCUGCCUACAAGCGGGAAACAUUGAUGAAGAAAAUUUCUGUACACCCUGCGCCAGCCGAUACUGAUACUGUGGAAAUCGAAACAAUUGAGAUGUAUGUGAAUGAUAGCAAAGAUCUCAUAGAAGAGAACACAAAUGAGAAUAAAGCUCAUGAGUCCCAUAACGACUCCAAAUAUGUAAUCUGCGAGCUUACUGAGGAGUCGACUGAUCGGGAGAUAAGUGGGGAGCUCAAAGCGAUAAUCCGAAGCGAGAAAAAUAUUGUCUUGUGGGGUCCAGUGACCAUAACGAUCCUCAUAUUUUGUUGGGUUGUGCUUGCUUCAUUUAUAAAAGGUGAUAAAAAUGUUAAUUCCUUAGUUGGCUUGAGCUAUUGCUCUGACGGGUAUUGGGGAUUUCUGGUUGUCUUUUAUCUUUCACUGCUCGGAAUUAAUAUAUGAACAGGAAUAUACCUAUUAAAGAGGAAUAAAAAACUUGAAGAGCUGAAAUAUAACUUUGAUGAAAAUGAUCUACGAUGGGAUCUCCACAAAAUAGUCAAAUUUUCAUUGAUAUCUUUAUGUUCAGGCUUUCUUGCGGGUUUGCUGGGAGUUGGAUCUGGAUUAAUUGUAGGGCCUGUAAUGCUUUCAUUUGGAGUCAGACCUGAAGUAUCAGCGGCAAACUCCUCUACAGUAAUUGUAGUGUCUUCAAGUAUUUCAAUGAUUCUUUAUCUUAUGGCAGAUAUGGUUGAGCUUUCAUACGCAGGCUGGUUUUUAGCAUUUGUCUUUGUAGGAGCAGCGAUAGGUUUACUUGUGAUAAGGAAAAUCGUCGUUAAAAAGAAACGAGCUUCAAUUCUCAUUAUAAUCCUCGGUUUAAUUCUUUUGAUUUCAUGCAUUAUGAUACCGAUUUAUGGUGCGCUUAAUAUUGUAGACCAAAAUGAUAAAGGAGAUUUCCAAUUAGGAUUCAAGGAUUAUUGCAGUUAA